UUGGAGAACAUUUGUACUAAUAGACGUAAUGGGAAAUAGUAAAUAAUAAUCUCUCUAGCCUAAAAAAGUUUUAAAAAAAAGUACAUAGAAGCUGAAAUUAAUCUCUGAAAGGUGGAAAACUGAAAACGAUAGAGUGUUUAAUAAAAUGCAUGUAUCAAUUUUGCCAUGCAUGAUGUGAGGUUUGAAAUUGAUGAUGCAUAAUUUGAAUAUCAUUCUGAAAUGAAUUAUUUUUUUGACAACCAUUCCAAAUCACUAUUAAAAAAAAUUGUCGGGAAAAGGGGCAAAUAAGCCCUCGAACUAAUAAAAAAAGUGCAAAUAAGCCCUUUUGUAGGAGGUUCUGUCCGAUCAUCAUCAUUUGGGGAGGUUCUCGGUGGAAUUUUUUGAUGAAUUUUUUUGAGCAUCUUCUUCAUUAAGUCUAGUUUAGACAUACCGAAUUUCAGCUAAAAAUUCAACCGGGAAGGCACUCAAAUGAUUUUCGGAAAUAUACUGCGUUGUUUAACUGCGCAGUUAUCUUCAAAAAUUCAUUUGACUGUCUUCCCGGUUGAAUUUUUAGCUGAAAUUCAGUAGGACUAGACUAGACUUAAUGAAUAAGAUGUUCAAAAAAUUUCAUCAAAAAAUUCCCCCGUGAACCUCCCCAAAUGACGAUGACCGGACGGAACCUCCUACAAAAGGGCUUAUUUGCACUUUUUUGAUUAGUUCGAGGGCUUAUUUGCCCCUUUUCCCAAAAUUGUCCUCAAAACUAUUGACUGAGUUGGACAACACGAAAUGACAAGCUCCCGAUAUGACAUGCACUUUCAGAACUACACACACAAAAACAAAUCAUUCAGGAAAUGAACACAUUAUUAUCAUCUUUAUCAUCAAAGGCAAACUAUUUCAGUAUUUCCCAGGAAGCUACAAAGCUUUAGUAGUGAAGAAACAAGCCCAACCUUCAGACCCAAAGUUGCCAUAUGAAGUCAAGUACUUUCCCCAAACUCUUGACCACUUUACUUUUCUACUCCCGAGGCUACAAAAUCUUCUACCAGAAGUACCUCAUCAUUAGGGAGCCUCAAUCUUUGUGUACACCGGAAAUGAAGGAUAUAUUGAUCAGUUUGCUGGAAAUACUGGUUUCUUGCUUUAUAUUGCUCCAAAGUUUCAUGCUCUUCUAGUCUUUAUUGAAGUACGAUAUCUUCCCUCAACUCAAAACUAUACAAAAGUAACUUCUAAUACAUUUUUUUUGAUAAUUAAAAAGAUCUUUUAUCAGUUUAUGUAUUAUGUAGGAGCUUUAUUAUACUACGUAGUUAUUAAUAGUUCCUAGACUAAAUUUGCUCUUUUGCUAGUACUAUAAAUACUUCAACCUUAGUCUUAGUCCAAAAUUAUUAAACUCUCCAAACAACCACUUGUAAAGAUCACACAUGUGCUCACAUAGUACAUACUGUCUAAUUUAGAAAAGUUGUUUUGGAAUCAGAGUAUAUAAAUUGUCCUGGUCCAGCUCUUCUGUACCCAAAAAUAUGAAAAAAGGAAAUCAAUGUCCUCAUCAAUCCAUUUUAAAAAGAAGAACAUCUUGAAAAAUAGUAAACUAUUUCCAGGCAAAAGUUUUUUAUUGCAUAUAUCAUUUUCACUUUCACUAUUUGACCGCAUUAAUCUAGAGUCUACCUUUUUGUACACAGAUUUAUUAAAAUAAUUGGCGCAAAUAUCAUAUUUAAACACCUACGUUACUGAAAGAAAUCCAAAUAAUCUAAACCACCUAAAAGUGUCUCCUAGACAAUUUUGCAAACACAUAGUAGUCAAUAAAGUACAUGGUGAGUGUUAGCCGACCCCAAUAUCGUUUGGGACUAAGCUAAGGCUUGGAUGUUGAGUGUUGAGUAUAGUAGUCAAUAAAGUCCUUGUUGGUAGUAGUUUGGUACAAAUGGAAUACUUCACAAAUCGCAACUAAUAUACUGAAAUCUAACUCUACUAAUGAGUAUUGAAGUACAUGGUGUGCCAAUUAUAUUAACUUGAAAGAUUAAGAAAUGCGUUUCAGGAUAUAUUUAUUAUAGAUCUAACAAUUAAACUACAGUUGAUAUAAACUAAAAGCUUAAUGGGUUUGGUUUUCUUCUAGUUGUGAGCUCCUUAAUAAUACAAUCAAAGAAUAGAUCAACUGUAAUGUUAUAAAAGAAAUCAUCAAAUUUCAUUAAAAGAUGAUAUUUAUAGCUUCCGCUUCAAGGAGAAGACUAAAGGAAACAAAGAAAGCGAAUAACGCAAACCCCUGCUUCCCUGUAAGCGGGACAAUUGUGAUCCUCGGUGUCUAACCAAGCCAAUCUCUAGGGUCUCAAUGAGCUGGAACGAAAAGAAACUGAUGAGGUGGGUUGAGUGGAGAGGAGGAUGUCAGACGUUUUGACGGAAAGACAAAGGAAAAGUUUCAAUACAAUUAAUCAAGCGUUGAGUACAAGUGCCCGGCGUUUUGAGGGAGAGACGAGGGAAAAGUUUCAACACAACUAAUCAAGCUUUGAGUACAAUUGCAUAAAGCUAUGAUGUUACACCAACACAUUUAUCAUACCAAAAAUACCCUAACCUUCAUUGGUUUUUAUAAUAUUUUAGAUUUUAAGUGCGAGAAAACUCACAUCAGUUUUUGGCGCCAUUGCCGGGGACGGUGUCGGAUUUAAGGGUUAAUUAAUUUUAGCGACCUGUUUUUAGUUUUUCGUAGGAUUUUUGUCUACUAACCUUGCAGGUCAGAUCUGUUUAUGCAUACACGCUCUAAGAAGGGAGAAUCACUAGUCCCUCUUAAUCCUGAGAUCGAGAAGCUAGCUAAGCAGAACCACAAGGCCUUUAGAGAACAGAAAGCAACCAUGGAUCAACCAUCCGCAUCUGGAAUAGCUGGGACGUCUGAGGUCCAAACCACUUCUGGUAAUUUGGAUUUUUAUGUCAAUACCUCUCCCCAGUCUUCACAAGAAAAUUCACCUAGAGCUUAUCCGGGGUAUCAAAAUCUCCGUACCCCAUUCUUCCCCCAAAAUCAGUCCACUCCACAACUAAAUCUUCCACCACUCUAUCAGCUCUUUCAAAACACUUCUAUUGCUCCCGAACCCACCUUUCAAAACCAAACCUUUGGGAUGCAAGGUCUAGGGCAAAAUAAUCCGGUUUUUCAGCCCAGACAGAACCAACUGCCAGUCACACAAAAUCCACCGCCUACUCAGCCACAAAAUCAGCCUUUCCAACCCCAAUAUCAACAAUUCCAUCAAACCCAACCUCAGCCAAAUAUCAUCCGUCCACAACCCAUAAGACCACAACCAGUUCAUCAGCCGAGAUAUCAAGCUCCUCCUUACCACAACUAUGUUCCACAUGACAAUCCACUCUAUCAAGGAGAGAGCAUUUCAGACUUCUUAGCCCCCGAGAUCACAGAGUAUGACAGUAUUCAGGUACCGGGGAUUACUGCACCCCGUUACGAGAUCAAGCCGACAGUGAUCAAUAUGGUCCUAAAUAAUCAGUUUGGAGGGAGCCCUACGGAAGAUCCAGUGGCACACAUUACCAAAUUUCUGAGGAUGUACCAGACUUUCAAAAUUCCUGGGCUAGAUGAUGAUCAGGUACGGAUGCUAUUAUUCCCUUUCUCUUUGAGGGAUGACGCGCAGAGGUGGUUGGAUAGCAAUCCACAUCACCACAUUCAGACUUGGGAUCAGCUGCACAAAGCCUUCAUCAAAGAAUACUUCCCAACAUCAAAGGCCAUAAAAUUGAAGAAGUAGCUACAGGAAUUCAAGCAAGGUUCUUUGGAGACACUAGCUGAGGCGUGGAAGAGAUUCAAGGUGAUGAGAAGAGCUUGCCCUCAAGGCAAGAUGACUGAUUGUGAGGUUCUAUCUUGUUUCUAUAGUGGACUCAACAAUGAAGGAAAGAUGAUGCUUGAUGCUUCGGGAGGUGGAGCUUUUCCUCAGUUGCCAUCUGAGGUUGCGGAAGAAUUGGUGGAGAAGAUUGUGUCGAAUAAUGCUUCAUGGUACAGUUCUCGGGACACACCUCACCAGAAGGCCCCGGGAUUGUACGAGAUCAGUGAGAAUUCUGCCCUUUCUGCAAGGGUAGAUGCUUUGACCAGCUUGAUUCAGAAGCUUGCUACUACAGUGGAAGACAAUCAAAAGAAGACGGAACUUGCUCUCUCGGUGUCCAGUGUGAAUAUGGUAGCCCCCGUUCCUAUUAGUCCCUCUUGUACUAUGUGUGGGGGACUCCAUUCGCCACAUGAAUGCACAAUGAUGGCACACUCGGCAGCCCCUGGAGUAGAGCAAGUGGAUGCGAUGUAUUAUCAGCGACAGGGUUACUAUAAUCAGCCCUACGGACAGCAGCAGCAAGGACAAUACGGGCAAGGAAAUCAACAGCAUUCUAGAAACUAUAAUCAGCCGCAGAUACCUCAAGGCCAGCAACAAGCUCCUCAGCCGGCGCAAGGAAGCUUCAGAAAGGAGACUGAGCAAAAAUUUUCUAGCUUGGAAGAAGUGCUCAACAAAUUAGCACAAAAUCAGCUGAAAGCAGACUCAAGGAUGCAAAUGUUUGAGGCAAGGAUGCAGAGCAUGGAGACUCACAUGGGGCAGAUCUCAAAGGCUUUAUCUGAGAGGCCUCAGGGAUCCCUCCCUAGUAAUACUGAACCAAAUCCCAGAGAACAUGUUCAGGCAGUCACCUUGAGGAGUGGAAAAGAGCUGGAACCUGCUGCCAUAACAAAGAAGCCCGAUGAAGUUCAAGUUGAACCAGCUGUCCGAGAGGAAGAGAAGGAGAAAGAUGAGGGAAGAGGGGUGGUGACUGCACCAAAACAGCCCGUUCCGGUCACGAAUUACACCCCACCUCUCCCCUAUCCGGCGCGAUUGACUAGGAAGAACGAUAGUGACCAGUUUGGUAAGUUUCUGCAUCUCAUGAAACAAGUGCAGAUUAACUUACCAUUCGUGGAUGCACUAGCUCAGAUGCCGAAGUACGCGAAGUUUAUGAAGGAUUUGCUCACGAACAAAAGGAGGCUGGAAGAAGCGUCUACUGUGACGCUUAAUGAGGAGUGCUCAGCUGUGAUACGGACAGAUCUGCCGAAGAAGCUUAAGGAUCCAGGUUCUUUUACUAUUCCCUGCUUUAUAGGAGAUCUUACUUUUGAUAGGGCCCUGGCUGAUUUGGGUGCAAGCAUUAAUUUGAUGCCUCUUGCUUUAUAUGAAAAGCUUGCACUCGGUCCACUUAAACCUACACGUAUGUGCAUUCAGUUGGCUGAUCGUUCAGUCAAAUAUCCCCAAGGGAUUAUUGAAGACGUGUUGGUUAAAGUGGACAAAUUUAUUUUUCCGGUAGACUUUGUUAUUUUGGACAUGGAUCAGGAUCAGGAGGUACCAUUGAUUUUGGGCAGACCAUUCUUGGCAACUGCCCGUGCACUUAUUGAUGUUGGAGACGGUAAGCUUGUCCUCCGCGUUGGGGAUGAAUCUGCCACCUUUGACAUGUCCAAAAUAAUGAAGAGGCCCUGUCAAGAUAGUGGUGAGUGUUUUUACAUGGAUGUAGUUGAUUCUUUGGUGGAGGAUUGCAUUCCUAACAUGCUUUCUGAUGAAGCCUUCUUUGAUCUUCUUUUGGAUGAUAGUUUGUCAGCAGAGGAUCUUGAGCUCCUCCCUAGUUUUGAUUGUCUUAUGCUUGAUGGGGAGGAGGACUCAAGUGAUGCUAGUGAUGUGAAGGGGAAGGAAGAUGACUUAGAUAAGGUGGAGAAGGAAGACUGUCAGACUGAUUCUUCUAUUGUUACUCCUUCUCCAUUAAAUCUAAAGCCUCUUCCCUCCCACCUUGAGUAUGCGUUUCUUGAUGAUAGUCCUGACCUCCCUGUUAUUCUUGCAUCCGGGCUUGAGCCAUCCCAAAAAUCUGCAUGUCUUGACUUACUUUGUGAACAAAGGGAAGCUCUAGCCCGGAAACUUUCUGACAUGAAAGGAAUCAGUCCUGUUUUCUGCACUCAUAAAAUUUUGAUGGAAGAUAAUGCUAAACCGGUAGUGCAGCCACAAAGGAGACUGAAUCCUAAUAUGCAGGAGGUGGUCAGGGAGGAAGUCAUCCGUCUGUUAGAUGUAGGGAUUAUUUAUCCGAUUUCAGACAGCCCUUGGGUCAGCCCGACCCAGGUGGUUCCCAAGAAAGGGGGGAUGACUGUGGUUAGGAAUGAGAAAGAUGAGUUGAUUGCUACACGUACGGUCACCGGAUGGCGGGUUUGCAUUGAUUACCGAAGGUUGAAUGCCGCCACCCGGAAGGACCACUUCCCCCUCCCCUUCAUUGAUCAGAUUUUAGAGAGGCUAGCAGGGCAUAAAUUUUAUUGUUUCCUUGACGGGAUGUCGGGAUACUUCCAGAUCCCCAUAGCCCCCGAGGACCAGGAUAAGACCACUUUUACAUGUCCAUUCGGUACCUUUGCUUAUCGGAGGAUGGCGUUUGGAUUAUGUAAUGCCCCUGCUACCUUUAUGAGAUGCAUGCUUGCUAUUUUUGGGGAUUUCAUUGGGAAGUUUAUGGAGGUUUUUAUGGAUGACUUUUCUGUGUAUGGUGAUACUUUUGAUGAGUGCUUAGAGAAUUUGAAGAAAAUCCUGGUUAGGUGUCGAGAGGUGAAUUUGGUACUUAACUGGGAGAAGUGCCACUUCAUGGUUAGUGAGGGAGUGGUCCUAGGGCAUAAGAUUUCAAGUAGGGGGAUUGAGGUUGAUCCGGCUAAGGUUGAUGUGAUUUCUAAACUACCUCCCCCUACUUCGGUCCGUGCCAUUAGGAGUUUUCUAGGCCACGCAGGUUUCUACCGUAGGUUCAUCCAGGACUUUUCUAAGAUAGCCCGACCCAUGACUAAGCUCCUUGAGAAGGAUGCACCGUUUGACUUCUCAAAGGAGUGUUUAGAAGCUUUUGAGUGUUUGAAGGAGAAACUGGUCAAGGCACCGGUGGUAGUAGCUCCUGACUGGUCUUUGCCUUUUGAGAUUAUGUGUGAUGCUAGUGAUUUUGCAGUAGGAGCCGUUCUUGGGCAACGUCGAGAGAAACAUUUUCAGCCUAUUUCUUAUGCUUCAAAGACUCUCGAUAGUGCCCAAGAAAACUACACUACCACCGAGAAAGAAUUGCUUGCUGUUGUGUUUGCUCUUGACAAGUUUCGUCCUUAUUUGAUUUUGUCUAAGGUAGUGAUAUUCACUGAUCAUUCUGCUCUUAAAUAUUUGAUGCAAAAAGUGAAUGCCAAGCCUAGAUUGAUUCGGUGGAUAUUACUACUCCAGGAAUUUGAUAUUGAGAUUAGGGAUAAGAAAGGGGCUGAGAAUUUAGCGGCUGAUCACUUGAGUAGGUUAGAAAACCCCUUUCUUGAUUCCCUAAGUGAGAGAGAUAUUGAGGGAACUUUUCCUGAUGAGAGACUGUUGAGGAUCGUUGAUGAGGUGCCUUGGUUUUCAGACAUCGCCAACUAUCUUGUUGGGGGUGUUGUUCCUUCUGAUUAUACACCUCAUCAACGAAGGAAAUUUUUUGCUGAUUUGAAGUAUUAUUUCUGGGAGGAACCAUAUUUGUUUCAUAUUUGUGCUGAUCAGGUUGUUAGAAGAUGUGUUCCUCUUAGCGAAGGAGUUGAGAUUCUCAAACAUUGUCACUCCGGACCGACUGGGGGACACUAUUCUUUUAACCGGACAGCUCGUAAGGUGUUGGAAUGUGGUUUCUUCUGGCCCACGUUGUUUAAAGAUGCUCUAACGUUUGUGCAGGAAUGUGACAGGUGUCAACGCACCGGGCCGGUUACCAAGAGGGAUGAGAUGCCCCAUAAUUUUAUAUUGGCUUGUGAGGUAUUUGAUGUUUGGGGCAUUGACUUCAUGGGACCGUUCCCGGGUUCUAAAGGUAACAAAUUCAUUCUGGUUGCUGUGGAUUAUGUCUCUAAGUGGGUUGAGGCUGAAGCUCUGCCCACAAAUGAUGCUAGAGUUGUGAUUCGUUUUUUUGAAGAAAUUGUUUUCUAGAUUUGGAGUGCCACGAGUUUUGAUAAGUGACAGGGGAACCCACUUUAGGAAUGAUCCCAUGACUCGCCUUCUGGCAAAGUAUGGGGUCACUCAUAAAGGGGGCGUCCCUUAUCACCCUCAAACUAGUGGCCAAGUUGAGAAUUCGAAUAGGGACAUUAAGACCAUCCUUGAGAAGACUGUUGAGACCCAUAGGAAGGAUUGGUCUGAUAAGCUAGAUGAUGCGCUGUGGGCACUGCGUACAGCGUAUAAGACACCCAUUGGCACUACUCCAUUUCACUUGGUUUAUGGGAAGGCGUGCCACCUUCCGGUAGAGAUAGAGCAUAAGGCAUACUGGGCCUUGAAAACAUUAAAUAAGGAUUUGUCUUUGGCGGGUCGUGAACGGCUUUGGAAGCUCAACGAGUUGGACGAGUGGAGGCUUAUGGCCUAUGAGAACUCUAAAAUUAGUAAGGAGCGUACCAAAGCCUAUCAUGAUCGGCAUAUUAAGCAAGGAAAAGAGUUUUGUAAGGGGGGUCAAGUUCUGCUAUUCAAUCCCCGAAUGAAGAUUUUUAAAGGAAAGUUGAAGUCUAGGUGGUCCGGUCCUUUUGUAGUGAGUGAAGUUUUUCCGUAUGGAACUGCUGAGAUUGAUCAUCCUGAGAAGGGCCGUUUUAAAGUUAACGGCCAUCACCUGAAAAAAUACUACGGAGGACCGCUAGAACGCGAGCGUGAGGUGACCUUUGUCACGAAUUUAGAGACCUGAAUGCAUAGUUGUGUCGGGCAAACGACGUUAAAAAUAGCGCUUCUCGGGAGGCAACCCGAGCUUAAUUUUUGCUUCAGUAGUUUAGUUUUACUGCUUUUCAAAAAAAAAAAUGAUGAAUGAGCUUAAGGAACGCACAGACGUGCGUAGUGGUACGCACGCCGUGCGUUGCCCAGAGAUUUCAACGGGGAAGCUACUGCCAUUGACGCACGGACGUGCGUAGGGGUACGCACGCCGUGCGUUGCCCAGGCAGAACAUGGGACAGCUACUGGCAGGAACGCACGGACGUGCGUCCGGGAACGCACGCCGUGUGUUGCCAAUUUUUAAAAAAAAAACACCCCUGCUUCCCCAAAACAGAACGCACGCACGCAGCUCCCCUUGCCCACGACACACACGCGAACACACCCCUUCCCCCCUCGACCGCGACCCAUCGGCGACCGACGAACCGCACCACCGCUCCACCGCCGCGACCCCCGCCCACCACCGUCGACCGCCGAACUCACCUCUCUCCUCACUCAAGAUGACCCGCACCAAACAUUCCGCUAAGAGGCACCGGGACAACACCGGUGCUAGCUCCAGCCGGGCCAACCCAAACAGAAAUCAGCAGCCGAUUGUACCCUACCAACCUCAGUUCCGCGACAAUGCUCAACGAGAGAAAUAUGAGGAUUUGAUGCAAAGGAGAAUAGGCAAAGUUUUGUUCCCCCAUUUGCCUACACUAGAGAAGGCUGGAUUACGAGACGAGGUUAUGGAGUUAUUGUCCCGAGCCUGGUGGCAACACCUCUUCUUCGGCAUCAAUGAGCCGACUUACAAAGAGAUAACUUGUGAGGUGCUUUCUUCUUUCAGGGCUCCAAGGGAGAUUACCAACAAUUUUCUCCCAGUGAUCAAGUUCAGAGCCUUUGGGGAGGAUCAUGUGUUCUCAGCUAGUGACAUCACUGGGCACUUAGGUUUUGAUCAUUUGGAUGAUGUUGCCCGAUGGGAGGGUAGCCUUUUCGACUUUCCGCCGGAGGUGAAUCAGCAACAGUUUUGGGAGUCUAUUACGGUUAAUGGGGGCAAGUACAACUCCCAGACUUCGCCUAGCACGGUCCUACAUCCCCUCAAAUACCGCGUCAUCCAUGCCUUGUUGAGUUCUACAGUUUCCGGCCGCGCAGAGAAAGGCGGCAAAGUUUCCUCCACUGACUUCUUCUGUCUCUAUUGCAUGAUUCAUGGGAGGAGGCCGAUCUUUGGCGCUCUCUUCGCGGGACUUUUUGCCAGGCACGCUAGUUAUCGGGUCAAGGAGAUCUUUGCUGGCCCGUACAUUACACGCAUGAUGAAGGCGAUGGGGUAUGGAGACCGUCUGGAGGGGAUGACAGUCGUAGAGCAUAUUUAUCCGAUGGAGACGCUGCCCAAGGAGAUUCCAGCUGGACGCCGAGCAGCUAGGCACGCAGAUGAUGAUGGUGGUGGCGCUGAGGGCCACCAGCAGGCUGAGCAGGAUGACGCGCAUGAGAUGAUGCACGGGGCCCCCGUUCUGCCCCCUCCCCAGGGACAUGUGUUUCCCAACUCUUGGGAGGGGAUGCAUCCGCAUAUAGAGGAUGUUUAUGGCCGACUUUUUGAGCACCAGCAGCAGUUUUUCACGCAGAUGAGCAACGAUGUCACUGCAGGCUUCUCCAGUCUUGAUUUGAGGAUGACGUCAUUGGAGCAGAGAUGGGACAGACAGUUCCCCGAUGAUCAGCAGCCACCCCCUCCCCCAUUUUAGAUUAUGAUACAUUGUACUCAUCUUCAUCACAUUCUGCACUGAGCACCUGACACUACUUUUACUCUUUGUUUUCAUGGAUGUUUUCUUUCUGCUUUGUUGUGAUUGCAGCUUUUAUUGAUAAUUGAUCGUUGCUUAGAUGUUUGGAAUGAAGGAUCGAUUGAGUUCAAGGCCGACCAAAGACCUAGGGGAGUUUCUACGUUCCUUACUCGUAUUUUUUUCGCCUGCCUUUUGUUGACUUGAGUUGAUAUUGAGCACGCGCGACCCUUUCCCUUUAUCCCCUUGUGCAUUAUUCAUUUUUGGCCAUCGAGGGCGAUGCCAAAGUUUAAGUGUGGGGGAGUGAAUUGGGCAUUCGGGCAUUAGUUGUUAUUUGUAAUUAUUAGAGUUAGCAUGCGCAGGUGUUAGUUGUAUAUUCAUAGGAAAGUCAUGUCAAAAUUUUCGAAAAUUUUUCUUUAAACUGUGUCUUUGUAAGCUGGCUAGCGUUUUGACUAUGUUUUUAGAACAUCCUUGAAGUAUUUAGACUUAAAUUGCUUACACUAUAUUCUAGUUACUGAAAGGAUGAAGGCAUUAGUCACCAAUAAAAUAAAUUCAUAAAACAUCCACCUCACCGAAAUUUUCCCCUUAGGAGAAGCCGUUUUGAGCCUAACCGUUCUUUGUUUACCCAAUUAAUUGAGCUCCAUAGCUAAAUGGCCUGUGUUUUCUUAACCCGUGAAUAUGCCUGACUUAGUCUUGAUGUUUAGGAAACUAGGGGAUGAAUUUGCUAAGAUUAGAGAAUCUUUGUAGGAGCCAUUUUUUUGGCACUGUUCCUAUGCCCCAAAUGGGGUAAGAGCAGUCAUUUUUUUUAGGAAUAUGAUACUUUCGAGGAUUGCAUUGUAGGCAUGGAUUCACUUUGAAAUAAAUGAACCUUAAUUGCUAUUUUUCCUUGGUGAGGCCGAGAUUAGAAUGGGGUAAUGUCUAGUAAGAAUCCGAAAGGUGAAAAAUUAAUAUAGCUAGACCUCUUGCCUUACGAAAAAGAGAAUGGGAGCCCCGGUCAAAAAGCGUAAGAUGAGACUUGGGUAUCUUUCGAAAGAAACGGCGUUCUCGUGCCAACAUGACAAGGAAAACUAAACUUAAUCAAUGAACUUGGAGGCUAUUGAAAAAAACUAGCUUUAGUCCUCCGCGUACUUCAAGUAUACGUCAAAACACAAAAGUGCCGAGACGGUUUAGCUUAGUUGUACACCAUGUCUACUCUUUGCAUAGGUUUAGAUGAUUGUUCCUAAUUUGUGGCCUACUAAGUUCUUUGAUCCUAAGAAUAGCCCCGAAACUUCUGAAUGCAUUAAGUCUCUGUUAUAAUAUUCCAAUUUCUUGAGAAAAGGGACUGUUAUUGUUUAAACCAUUUACCAUUCACCACCGCCUACACAAGUCCUUCUGAUCGGUGACCAAUUUAUUGAUGAUGGCUGUCACUAGUUUAAGGAUGUUGUAAAAUAGUUUUGGUCAAAACUAUUAGCUCGUGUACAAAGAUGUAGUUUAGGGUAGGAUUUUCUUGAUUUAAAACUUCCUGUUCUGUGAAUAUCCCUUUAACUACGUGUGCAUGCUAACUGUUUUAAUUCCGGAUGGUGAUUAUGUAAGUCCCGUUGUUCAAUUUGCUUGAGGACAAGCAAAAGCUUAAGUGUGGGGGAAUCUGAUAGGUUCGUAUUGCAACACGCAUUUGAUGCGUGUUGGGGUCGGAUUUUGAUGGCUUUCCUAACAUUUGGGUGUCGUAAGUCUCAAUUUUAACUCAAGUCAUGUGUACCGGGCGUGGGUACGAGUUUUGGCAUUAUCAGAGUUGAAAUCAGGUUUUUGGGACCCGGCAUCGGCAUUUGAGAAGAGAUCGGGACAAAUUUAGAAGCAUUCGAGAGUGAAUUCGCAGUUCUGGAGGCUACCGGGAGAUUCACGAUGAUGUUUUGAUGAAGAAAGAGCUAUUGGAUCGAUCAAGUGGUCAAACGGAGGCUUAAAACGGAAGAAAUCGAAGAUAAUGAAGAAGAAAGGCCACGCACGGCCGUGUGUACAGGGACGCACGGCGUGCGUGCGUGGCAGUAGCGGCCAAGAAGAGUGAUGAACAACGCACGGCCGUGCGUCCGGGUACGCACGCCGUGCGUCCAAGGCGUUUAAAUGAAGAACAGCUACUGGCAGCAACGCACGGCCGUGCGUCCGGGUACGCACGCCGUGCGUUCAAGAUGUUGAAAUCACGGAGGCUACUGGCAGCAACGCACGGACGUGCGUAGGGGAACGCACGCCGUGCGUUGCCUAUUUUUACACGGACGUCCGUCGGACGCACGGACGCAACGCACGCCGUGCGUAGGCUCCGUGCGUACCGCGGAUCUGUCCUUUUUCGACCCAAACUCAUUGUUUUCUAUAAAUAAAGCCUCCCUAACCCCGUUUUUUGGUUCGGAAACCAAGAGAGAAGCUUAGGGACGUGUUUUACAGUGUUUUUCCGCUAUUUUGUUCAAGACCCUGAGAUUCUUUGUAAGUUUCAUCUUUUUAAUUAAUGACAAUUAUUUCUAUUCAUCC